CCGGGUUCGGUCCACGGGCACUCAAACAAAGAUGUUGUUCUUUCUGGAUCUUAUUGAUCCGGUGAAUGAUUGAUCUCUACAGUCUUCAACACGUGACGGAUGAUCGUAAAGCCUGUUGAGGAAGAGACACCAAAUCACUCGUGAUUAUGUAUCCCCCCUUUUAGGGAGAAGAUGAUCUGCUGCAUCAUUCUGCUCUUCACACUGACCUCCUGUGUCUCUGGAUCAUUCUUAGUGGAGGUGACACAGACCUCCUAUCAGGCAGAGGAGAACCUCAACGUCACUCUGGAAUGGAGGUUCUCCCCCAGAACAGACGGUUCCCUCCACUCCAUUUAUUUCUGAUGUCGUGGCGUUCGUCUUUCCGCUGCUCAAAGUUCCGCCACGUCUUCGGGAAGCCGUCCACCAAGGAGCGCGGCUACGACGGCGUGCCGAUCGCCCGCAGCGUCCACGACAACCACAGCUGCUCAGCCAAUCCCUGCUUCCUCGCCGUGGUGACGGAGUGCGCCGGGGGCGGGUCCUUUUUGGUCCUGCCCAUCCAUCAUACAGGACGGGUGGACCCUCAGCACCCGAGGGUGUGCGGCCACAGUGGGCGGGUCCUGGACGUCAAGUGGAACCCGUUUGACGACCACUGCAUCGCCUCGUGCUCGGAGGAUUGCACCGUGAAGAUCUGGGACAUCCCGGUCUGUGGCGUCCAGCAGAACCUCACCAAGGCCAGGACGACUCUGAUUGGUCACUCCAGGAGGGUGGCACUUAUUGAGUGGCAUCCGACAGCUGAAAACCUGCUGCUAAGCUCCGCCUACGACUACAAGGUCCUCCUCUGGGAUGUGUCCCAGGGAGGUGCGGUGCUCAGGUACCCCGUCCGGGUGGUUCUGAUGCCCAUUCACCACCGCUACCCAUCUGAUGCGCUGCUGCUGUCUGUCAGCUUCAACAGUGACGGCAGCAGGCUGGCGGUCACGUCCAAAGACAGACGGGUUCGAGUCCUGGACCCCCGGACAGGAAGGAUCCUACAGGUGUCCAGCAGCAAGACCCACAGAGCCAGCAAAGUGUUAUACAUCGGAGGGUUGAAGAUGCUUCUGUCCACCGGCAGCUCGCCCUGGAACCACCGACAGAUCGUCCUCUGGGACCCUGACGACUUGUCUGAGCCGCUGUUUGAAGAAGACUUGGACGGAUCUGCAGGAGUCCUCUUCCCGUUCUACGACCCGGACACACACAUGCUCUACUUGGCAGGAAAGGGUGACGGGAACAUCCGAUACUACGAGCUGAGCACUGAGAAACCGUAUAUCAGCUUUCUGUCGGAGUGCAGGUCUCUGCUGCCACAGAAAGGACUUGGGGUGAUGCCAAAGCGCGGCCUGGACGUGAGCGCCUGUGAAGUUUUCAGAUUCUACCGCCUGAUCGCCAUCAAGGACCUGGUGGAACCAUUGUCAAUGAUCGUACCACGGAAAGAGUCAGAUGCUUUCCAAGAGGAUCUGUUCCCAAUGACAGCCGGAAACCAGGCGGCCAUGACAGCUCAGGAGUGGCUGUUGGGGGUCAACAGAAGCCCAGUGCUGAUGUCCUUGAAGCCUGGGACUCGAGUCACCAACCCGUACCCAGAAACCCCUGCAGAGAAAGGGCUAGUGAGGCAGCUGAGUUGCUUGAGGUUCCAGAUGGAUCUGGCUGUUGUUGCAGUGACCGGGCCCAACCUGGACAUUAUGGAAGAGGACACAUCAACAUGGACCGGAGGAGCCGAGGAUCGAACUGCAGAUCCUCUGAAGGACGACCAGCUCUACAAGACCCCGAUUUUCCAGCAGACAACCAUGGCCUUCUUUGAGGAGGAGUUGGCCUACCAGGAUGCCAAAUACCCCGGGGACAUGAGCGGCCUGUCUGGGUGGCAGCCAGAUGAGACCCACAUCCCACUGUGGACGUAUUGCUGCACUCCACACUGCUGUGAACCUGCAGAGAGGCCGCCGCCAACAGCCGAGAGCGAGGUGAGGCUCAGCUGUGCGCCUGACAAUACCGAGUGUGCCAAUGUUUUGGUUGGACUUCAUCUUCUUCAUGCCAAGAAUCUGGUUUCUUUCAUUUCAGCUCCUGCAGGCAUUUUACAGACAGCAAGACGAACUCAGAGGCCUGAGAGAACAAGUCAAUGCCAAAGAUGUGAGGAUCACACAGCUGGAGCUGGACCUCAACAACACCAGAAACAACAUGAGGGCAACCUUCUGAUUCCACCAGUCCGCUCUCACACUGCUGUUUUAAAGCUGGACCAAUCAAAUCACUCAACAUUUCCAAACAAUAAAGGAAACUCAGCUGACAUCCUGACAAAUGUAUAGUGUUUGCACUUUUAGCUGCUUUUCUUUCUCAUGGAUAGCCUCAGCCAAAUUCUCGACGACCAACACAUUG